AUGCGGACCAGCACGACAACCGCCGCACCGAACUUCGUAGAGGUGGAAACACCGCAAGUGCCAGCAAUGGUGACUUCUCCAGCAGAGCCAGCGGCCACGGUCAAGAGCCAAGCCAGCGAGGCACUGCGGGACAUCCUCUAUGGCUCCAUCGCUGGUGCCGCCGGCAAGGUCAUUGAGUACCCUUUCGAUACGGUCAAGGUGCGACUACAGACCAUGCCGGACACUAUUCCUCCGCUCUACACAGGACCCUGGGACUGCUUCAAGAAGAGCUAUGCAGAAGGUGGAGUGGCGAGUCUGUACCGCGGCAUUGAAGCUCCAAUGUUUGGUGCAGCUGUCGAGACUGCCUGCCUUUUCUGGACCUACCGUCUGGCAAAGGACUUCCUGGGAAGCACCGUACUUCCUGCGGACGUGGGCGAGCAUUUGCCACUAGGUGCUCUUAUAGCAGCAGGCGCUAUGUCUGGUGGUAUCACGUCUGGAGCCUUGACUCCCAUUGAAUUGGUCAAAUGCCGCAUACAGGUACCUGUCGAAUCUGGCAUCGAUGCGGCAAAGCCUAGAGUGUACAAGCAGCUCAACCCACUGCUUGUGAUUGGAGAAGUCUACCGCACAGAAGGUAUUCGAGGGUUUUGGCGAGGUCAAUUGGGAACUUUCUACCGCGAGACGGGAGGUAGUGCAGCAUGGUUCGGCAGCUACGAAACAUUGUCAAUAUGGUUCAAGAAGCGGGCCGGGUCGAACGAUAUUCCCAUCUGGCAACAGAUGGUGUCAGGAGCUGCGGCGGGUAUGAGCUACAACAUCUCGACCUUCCCAGCCGAUACGAUCAAGAGCAAGAUUCAGACUGGCGAGCUGACGAAUGUUCGACCUACUUUCAUGAAUGUUGGUAAAGAGCUGUGGCGGGCUCACGGGCUCAAAGGCUUGUACAGAGGAUGCGGAGUUACCGUCGCCAGAAGCGCACCGAGUUCGGCGCUCAUCUUCACGUGUUACGAGGCGAUGCGCAAGCAGUUUGGUUAA